AGCAGUUAGAACUUUGCAACAUAGCCUUGGCUAUGCAAAAAAAAAUGGCAGAGAAAUUUACCUUCUUUCUUUUAGCUAUAUUGCUUCUGUUAAUGGGGAGCCCUGGCCAGGGUCGACCUAUUACAAGAAACACGACCCUUUCCAUGGUCUCUGAUGGAGCCCAAAAUGUUUGGCAGCCAACAUACAUCCAACUCAAAAGCUUAAUAUUGUUGGAUUCAUGUGAACAGACCUAUGGAUUUUUGCCAUGCACCACCACAGUCCUUGGAAAUGUUUUCCUCAUCCUUGUUUAUGGUUACCUGAUGUUCCGGGCAGCCAAGUUGUUGUGUGAUGGUUGUGAAAUAUUGCUGGAAAUUCUUGGUCCUGGUAUCAUUGGUGGUCUCUUCUUGCCUGUGCUCAGCUCUCUUCCUGAUGCUAUUAUCAUACUUGCGUCUGGACUUUCUGGGAGCCGAGAAACUGCUCAAAGUCAGGUCUCUGUUGGCAUAGGCUUGCUAGCAGGUUCAACCGUCAUGCUUCUUACAGUGCUGUGGGGCUCCUGUCUUAUACUUGGCAAGUGUGAUCUUGAGAGUUCUCUGUCCACAGAUCCAAAAGACACAAAAGGAUUUAGCUUAACUGGAUCUGGUGUGAGCACUGAUAUUUGGACAAGCUAUGCUGCAAGGAUAAUGGCCAUAUCUGUUAUCCCAUUCAUAAUUGUGCAAUUACCAGAUGUUUUACACUCAACUUCUCAAAGUAGAAUUGCAAUUCUGAUUGCACUCAUUGUCUCCAUUUCUUUAUUGCUUUCUUACAGUCUUUAUCAGGUAUUUCAGCCAUGGAUUCAGAAGAGAAGAAUCGACUUUGCAAAGCAUAAGCAUGUAAUAGCAGGACUUUUGAAACACUUAAGCGUUCGUGCACUUGGAAGACUUCUUACAGAUGAUGGCGAACCUAAUACAACUGUUAUAGAAAGGCUAUUCAUGAUGAUUGACGAGAAUGGUGACGGACGCCUAUCACCGGCGGAGUUAAGAGCUCUGGUACUUGGAAUCCGAUUUGAAGAGAUAGAUAUGGAUAUAGAAGAUGCUGUUGAAAAGGUGAUGAAAGAGUUUGAUACAUCUUGUGACUCAUUCAUUGACCUAGAUGAGUUUGUGAGAGGAAUCUCAAAAUGGCUAAUUGAGGCUAAGCGAUCUGCUGUGAAGCAGGGAAAAUUAAUACAUUUACAUCAUUUUCACGAGCAAACCAAGAAAGAACACCAUCUGUUGGGGGAUCAUGGUGGUCAUUACGGGGAGACCGUGAAAAAUCCAGUGUGGAAUACCUUCAAAGCGGGGAUGAUGUUGCUUCUUGGAACGAUUGUAGCGGCUGUAUUUGCAGAUCCUCUGGUGGAUGCUGUUGACAGCUUCUCCACUGCCUCAAGCAUUCCUUCUUUCUUUGUUUCCUUUGUCAUUUUGCCCAUUGCAUGCACCAGCGAGGCCGUUUCUGCACUGAAUUUUGCCGGACGGAAGAAGUUAAAAACAGCAUCUUUGACGUAUUCUCAGAUUUAUGGGUCUGUGACCAUGAGUAACAUCCUUUCCCUCUCUGUAUUCUUAGGCCUGGUUUACUUUCGUGACCUGACCUGGGACUUUGCUGCUGAAGUGUUGGUUAUUCUGAUUGUGUGCAUUGUUAUGGGAGCAAUUGCCAGUUUUCGCACCACCUUCCCUCUUUGGAUGUCUUUAGUGGCCUACGCACUCUAUCCAUUCUCACUCUUACUGGUCUACAUUCUCGACUAUGUUUUUGGAUGGUCUUAACUAAUUAAAACUCAUCUUUUGCAUUCUAACAAGAAGUUCAAUAAUGGAGGCUGCCUGCGGGCUUACUUCAGUUAUGCCCGACCUCUUUGGAGGCUGUAAUAAAAGUGUUGACCUUUGCGUUUGGCUAUUUCUUAUUUUCUAAAUAAAAAGUAUUA